AUGGCCGUUUGGUCGGAGUGGGAGGACUUCCAAGUGCACCACAACAAGAGCUACCAUUCGGCGGAGGAGCAUCGCCUCCGGUUCCUCAUUUUCGUGGAAAACAAACGGCGGAUUGCCGAGCACAAUGAGCGCUGGGCCAUGGGUCAGGAAGUCAAUCAGUUUGCGGAUAUGUCGCCAAAGGAGUUCAGGGAACGACUACUCCGUGGGGUACAACCUUCCAAGGGCUUGGGGGAUGUCUACUUUAUGCCGCCGGAUGUGGAGCUGGGAGCUCUACCAAGAACUGUGGACUGGCGGGCCCGUCAUGCUGUGACCGAUGUCAAGGAUCAGGGGAAUUUCAACACCUGCUGGUCCUUUGCUGCCACGGGAGUCAUCGAGGGUCGUUACGCCAUCAAAUACGGUCAUCUGCAGUCGCUGUCUGAGCAGAACCUCGUCGACUGUUGCCUGGGAUCGGAGCAGGGCUACAGUACCUGGAGGUCCAUGGGCUGCACCGAGCAGUUGGGCGGCAUCGACACCGAAUCGUCCUACCCUUACCAGGGAGACGUCGACGUCUGUCGCUAUCGUCCUCUGGCGGUGUCCAUCGAUGCGCACUCGAUUCAGUUAUACAAGGGCGGCGUUUUCCACGAUUCCUCCUGCAGCAAAGUCAACGUUAAUCAUGGCCUUCUGGUUGUGGGCUACGGCACCGAUCCCAACACCGGCGACUACUGGCUGCUCAAGAACUCAUGGGGCAGUCAGAAAGGCUACAUCCGCAUGGCACGCAACAAGAACAAUCAAUGCGGAGUGGCAUCCGAAGUAUUGUAUCCCAUUGUCUAG